AUGUUUUUUCGGCGAGUUUCCACUGGUCUAUCUGCAAAAUCAGAAUUCGAUCCACUCUUAAGAAUUUCCUGCACAAGCUUCGGUGGAAAAGUUAGUUACAUUUGUCGGGAUUUUAGAUGCUUAGGAUUCCCCCCUAAUUCACGUAUUCUUGCAGGUUCCCGGAAAGUUCCCCAUGGUGAACCUGGUAUCCUUCGGCAUCUCCAAGGGGGCCUUUCCCUCCAUGAAGGCGGCGCCGCGCCUUCAAAUCUGCUGCGCAGUAUGUAUAUCUCUUUCCCCCUCCCCCGAACGUUGCGAUUCCAUUCAGAUCGCACCCUCCGAGGAAGAAGAAGAAGAAAAAAAGAUGAAGAAGACGUGACUCAUCCGAUUCCUGUCAAUAACGCUGCAGGCCAAACCUGAAACCGUGGCGAAGAUAUGCGAGAUCGUCAGGUCCCAACUAGCAUUGGACGAGAAAAAAGAAGUCACCGCUGAAUCCAAGUUUGCUGAGUUGGGCGCCGACUCCCUGGACACUGUGAGCUCACCCCGCGAGCCCUUCCACAAGCAUCUUUUCUCCAUCUUCCAUCUCAACAAACAUUUUAUCGAACAGGUUGCCCCCGUGAUCCUGAACCCCCCCGCCGCUUAUUAUCUCAGGUGGAGAUCGUCAUGGAACUGGAAGAGCAGUUUGGGAUCACCGUGAAUGAAGACUCCUCUCCGAGCAUCACCACCGUGCAGGAGGCGGCGGAUCUGAUAGAGUCUCUCGUACAGGCGAAUGGCGAGACAGACGAAGAGUCCGAUAGCGGGAGCGAGAGCGAGGACGAGGAGAGAAUCAAGACUGCUCAAGGGCACAAGGAAGCUCCGAAGGCUGCUCAGGCUGGCGCAGGAGCUCCGAAGAAAUAA